AUGCUCACGGCGGCGCUGUGCAAGACGACGUCCGGGAUCAAGACUGUGCGGGACAACAACAGGGAGGACUUCUACGACAAAACGGACGUGAGGGACAUGCGCGCGCUCGCGCUCGACUUCCUCGGGGGUGCCCAGCGUGUGUCCCCGGAGACAUGGAAUAUCAGUAACGGCUCGGUAAGACCAUCGCACACCCCCACUCUCACCGCGUGCGCCACUCACCAGGACAGCGCUGAGGUGUUCUACAGCAACCGAGAGGUCAUACUACACCGAACCGUCGCGAGAGCGCAUGUCCGGACCAUUCUCCAAGUCGGUGAUGUGCACAAACAAAAAGCCGGGCCCCGUGCGCGAGUCUUGAAGAAAGGUAACCUGACGCAGCCGGGGGGGGGGGGGGGCGUGCGCUUGCAAACUCCAUGGAGCGAUAUUGCCCAGACAGCGAAGACUGCUCGGAAAUCGGGGGACAGAACCCCCGCAGAGCCGAACUGCAGCAUUUUGGUCGCCGCCUGGGAAAGCUUACCUUCCGCGAUCCUGUCGUUCUGCAACUAUGGGACUGUCAUGCGCGCCGACGGCGAGCAAAGCCUUCAGAGAGAGCGCAGCAGUUAUCGGAAACCUCCUGAGGAUCGGGUCGGUCCGACGAAAGCGCCGAGCGCAGGGGGGUAUACAACAGGCUGUGAGGGCAGCGACGAUCACCGCGAGUACGCUCGGUAUUGGGGUGCGCGGACCGUCCAGUGUGAUCGAAAAGCGCGGCCCAGUGGGGCGCUGCGGGAGGCGCACGCCGAGGAGAGAGAAAAUGGGACAGGGACCAGAUAA